AUGAACGACGAGACCCAUACUGUGCGGAGUGCCUCCCGUACAACGAGUGGUAUUUCUUUCCACACAACGACGAUUAUAAAUGCAGACAGGCCCACCACCGCCACAACACGACAAUCCUCCUCUCUCCCUCUUCAGUGGAGUAGUCAUCAUAUCUAUACAACGCCAUUAACACAUCUGCAUGGAUCUACACCUCUGAACGACUUUUCCAUAGUAACAACAACAACAACAAGUCCUGUGCAUACAAACAGUAUAUUAACACCACGAGUAGUGGAUGUAUUGAAAGCGGGGCGGCCACCAUCGCGUGGACGUGCAAGUAUUAAUCCACUCGCACCGGACGCACGCACAACUCCUCCAGCAGCCCCACCGCGUAGACGCUUCCAAUCACAAAGCCGUCAACAACAACAACAUCAACAUAGUAGUGGUAGUGGUAGUCAUAGUAGUGAAAAGAGUCCAAAGGAUCAUUACAACGAAACUACUAAUACUGCUGCUAUGAAUAUCAGUAAUGACAAUAACAAGAAGAAUAAUGGGAAUAGUAAGAAGGAGAAGGGAAGUAAUAAUAAUAAUAAUAAUAAUAAUAAUAAUAAUAAUAAUAAUAAUAAUAAUAAUAAUAAUAAUAAUAAUAAUAAUAAUAAUAAUAAUAAUAAUAAUAAUAAUAAUAAUAAUAAUAAUAGUGUGUGUGGUUCAGCCUCUGCGGGUUCUACGCCUACGCCUAUUCCCACACCCGCACCCACUCCGACACCAGCGCCUAUUAUUCCACCGCCUGAUGUUAAUAUGAAUAGUGUUAAUAUAAAUAGUGCUCCUGUUGUGUUGGCACCAUCGCAGGAGGAAACAGGAUUAGAGACAUCUAAACAGAAUACAUUAGAGACUAAAGAGGCGAAGCACCAUCAACAACAACAAGAAGAAGAAGUAAAAGAACAGAUAUCUUUACAAGACCAGAUGAAUACUGAUGAGACAUUGACAAAGAGUGGUUCUCGUGAAGAUGUUGUCACUGCCCCUGUUGUAUUAAAUAAUGUACAGAACUCAUCUGAGAGACGCUCUUCUUCUUCUUCUAAUGUUCACAAUUCAACUCCUCCUCCUGCUGCUGCUAUUGUUACUCAUGGGAAUAGUGGUACACUCUCUCCUUCUCCACUUCCCUCGGCGCCCAUUACAGCUCCAGAAGUAUUAGAAACAGAUCUGCAGACCUCACCUCUUCAAUGGUCAGCUCAACAACAACAAUAUCAACAACAACGACAAAGUUCAUUUAAAUCCGUUAUUCGUAUGCCGCCUCCCAGGCCGCAUCGAUUAUCACCGGAUGAUCUUCCAACAGUACAUGAACCAUUGUUACUCCCUCGAACGGCAACACCAUCGCCUAUGGAAGAAGAUGCAAAAAGAAGAAGAAAUAGUGUUUCCAUGUCUCUUCCACUUAGUGUAAAUGAUUACUAUGUGCCUCCUGUAUUAGAAGAAGGGGAAGUAGGUGCGGUAUCAUCACCACCGUUUAAACAACAACAACAACGUCAAUAUCAACAACGUCAAUAUCAACCAGGAUAUAGACAACCACAACAACAAGAACAAUAUCAACAACGAGAAAAAGAAGAAAGACGUAAUUCUGUAAAUUAUGCCGAUAUACGUAGAUCUCUUGCAUCCUCUACGGCAUGCCGUGAAGGUACAUUGCGGGAUGUUGGUGUAGCGGUAGACGCACUCCUCACACGUGGAUCUACUCAUCACCCAACAACAACAACAACAACACGAUUGGCCCCAUCCCCACUAUUAUCUCCAAAUGAAAACACCACCGUACUAGUAGUGGCAAGAGAGGAAUGUAAACAUCAUCAAAAGCAUAGUCAUAGAGAGAGCAAUAGCAGAAGUGGAUCCUCUGAAAGUACCCUUUCACACCGGCCAAUGGUUGUACGGGUAUUUGUACCGCAAUCAGUAUUAGAUGAGGCCACUGUGUUUGAUCUUAAGAUUGAAGUUCAACGUCAAAUUGGUGUGGCGGCGGCAGAGCAAACACUUCGCGCUGAUGGCAUUGUACUUUUAGAUGAUGUCCCACUCGCCUUUUUAGAUCCCGAUACAGUACUCUUUAUGGAAACAAAACAUAUGCAUAACACUACCGCACUCCCCAGACAACAACAACAACAACAACAAAAACAACAGAAAGAGAAAGAGGAACAGCAGCGAUAUCUACAUGAAGGAGAUCAAAGAGAGAGGCAUAUGUAUACAACCACACAGGAAAGUGGAGAUGGGAUGAUAAGAUCGAAAUCAUCCAUUGGAUCUGCAAUCACUCCAAUCUUUGCUAGUAGUGGUAGUGGUAGUGGAAGUGGAAGUGGUGUACUCUGGCGAAAGAUUCCAGUAAAGCAGCCAGAUGAAAGAACAAAGGGGCAGUCAAUACAUCGGACUCAUACCACUACGAGCCAUCAUAAUAACUAUAAUAACUAUAAUAAUAAUAAUAAUAAUAAUAAUAAUAAUAAUAAUAACCAUGUUAAUAAUUAUAAUAAUAUGCGUCGUUUCAAAAAUAAUGAUAAACAGAUAGAUGAAAAGUUUAAUAAUGAUAAUGAUGAUGCCCCACAUGAAAGUUACAUUAGUGCGACUAUUUAUAUGAAGAGUGAUGAUAGUACAAUCGAUUAUAAUAGUAAAGAUGAUACGGCGGCUCCUCCUCCUCCUCCUCAAGAGCAGAGACCAUCACAACAAGAACAAUUACAAGAAAAGAAGAGAAAAGAAUUUCUCUUCACUAAAACUUCUUCUACUUCUCCUUCAAGUGGUGGUGUGAAUUCUCCAAGACCGUUAGCCACUGCAGAUUGGCAAAGUAGUAAACAAAGUUCCACCGGUCUGUGUAGUCUUCUGGAAGCACAGAGAUCAUCCAGACGGCAUCAACAACGGGAAUUAUUAGAAGAUGCCAUGUUGAAAGCUCAACAACAAAUGGAAUUAUUAUCGUGGCUCUGUCGCCGCAGAGAGUAUUCAACUCCCAGUCAAUAA